AUGAGCGGCGCGGAGGAGCGGGCGCCCCUGCUGGCGCCGCCGCAGCCGCCCGCGGGCCGGGCCCGGGUGCGUGUGGCGGGCGGGGUGCCGCCGCCGCCGCCGGGGCCGUCGCGGUCGCGGCCGGGCCGCGUGUACGGGCGGCGCUGGCUGGUGCUGCUGCUCUUCACGCUGCUGGGCUUCGCGCAGGGCCUGGUGUGGAACACCUGGGGCCCGAUCCAGAACUCGGCCCGCCGCGCCUUCGGCUUCGGCGGCUGGGACAUCGCGCUGCUCGUCUUCUGGGGGCCCAUCGGCUUCCUGCCCUGCUUCGCCUUCAUGUGGCUGCUGGACAAGAAGGGUCUGAGGGUAACGGUGUUGUUAACAUCCUUCCUCAUGGUGCUAGGAGCUGGCCUAAGAUGCAUACCAGUGUCAGACCUAACAAUAAGGAAAAGACUGAUUCAUGGAGGGCAGCUGUUAAACGGAUUGGCAGGUCCCACUGUGAUGAACGCUGCUCCAUUUCUCUCCACUACAUGGUUUUCUCCAGAUGAACGUGCCACUGCAACAGCUAUUGCAUCCAUGCUCAGCUACCUUGGUGCAGCAUGUGCUUUUCUUGUGGGACCUUUGGUAGUUCCAUCUCCUAAUGAAACAUCACAUCUUCCACUUGCCUCGGAAAGUAGCACGGAGCAUAUCAAGGACCGCAUUGAAGCUGUCUUGUAUGCAGAAUUUGGAAUGGUCUCCCUGAUAUUUUCUGCAGCUCUAGCCUAUUUCCCAUCACGUCCCCCAUUUCCUCCCAGCGUGGCUGCAGCUAGUCAGCGCCUCAGCUAUCGCAGAAGUUUUUGUAGGCUUUUAAGCAAUUUCCGUUUCUUGAUGAUUGCCUUAGCCUAUGCUAUACCAUUAGGCGUGUUCUCUGGCUGGUCUGGCGUUCUGGACUUGAUAUUAACACCAGUUCAUGUCAGUCAGGUGGAUGCAGGCUGGAUUGGCUUUUGGUCUAUAGUUGGAGGCUGUGUGGUUGGCAUAGCAAUGGCAAGGUUUGCAGAUUUUAUCAGGGGCAUGCUGAAACUUAUACUUCUGCUGCUGCUAUCUGGAGCAACACUAGCAUCCACUUGGUUUACUCUCACCUGUCUAACUAGUGUCACUCACCUGCCUUUAACUACAGCUACACUGUACACGUCCUGCAUUUUGCUAGGAGUGUUCCUCAAUAGCAGCAUACCUAUAUUCUUUGAGCUUUUUGUGGAAACAGUCUAUCCAGUUCCAGAAGGAAUCACAUGUGGAGUUGUCACCUUUCUGAGUAAUGUGUUCAUGGGCGUCCUUUUGUUUUUCCUCACAUUUUACCAUACAGAGAUUUCUUGGUUCAAUUGGUGCCUCCCAGGGUCAUGUUUGCUCAGUCUGCUCCUUAUUCUGUGCUUCAGGGAAUCCUACGAUCGACUGUAUCUUGAUGUCGUCGUCUCAGUUUAAAAACACAGAACUGGUGGAGAUGUAGAAGGGCCUGGGAAUCCAUGUUGCGUUCUGCACAUUUGCUUGGAAUUGCACAGCUGAACGGAGGAAAAGCUACAAAAUGUUAAAUACAGUUUUAUUCAGUUUUGAAGAUUAUUUUUUUAAAAUACCCUUUUGAUCCUUAUCACAAGCCAGAUAACCGGUGUCAGACUUGGACGGGAAUCAGAGCACCAGUGUCAGAACUGAUAUUUAAUUUACAAGGCUGUACCUGUUGUUAUUAACUGUGCAGAUAUUUGUGCCAAUUCAAGAUUGCAUGUGGUGUCUAUAGGUACCAAGGCACCAGUAAUCUUUCAGUCUUCUCUCCAAAUAAGAAUAGCUGAUAAUCUUUUCAAAACUCGAUUAACUUUUAAAUUAGUAACUAAUUUAAUUGUUAAACGCCCAAUAGUGGCAGAAGCUAAAAUAAUGUGGUGCUUAUAAGCUACAGUUGUGUUUCGAUAAAAGCCAUUUCUGUAAGAAGAUGCUGGUUCUUUGGUCUCUAACCAUUUUGGAUACUCUUAACAGACCUUGCACUGUUGUUGAAAAAGCUUAAUUUUUGCCCCAGAGCCAGAGUGCAUUCAGUGAUUGCUGUAAUAAUAGCCAGACAAUAGUUACCACUAAAGUCUAGUGUUAGCUGACAGUAGCAUCUGUAAUGCUGCAGUUGUUCUCUCUGUUUAAAACAGGAAAUUACUGUGGUAUUUUGGAAGUUUGCAAUAUAGUCACUGUUGGUAAAUGUUGAUAUUCUAAUGGCCAUCACUACUACCCUUUCAUCUCCAACUAAUACUGUCUUUCACCGUAAAACCCUAUUUCUUGCCCCUCAGUACUGUAGGGGUACAGCUUCCAAUUUUGGGAGUUCUUUGUUAAGCAAAAACUGCAGUCUUAUAGUGCGUGCAUGAUUUUAAGAUUAGUUUACAGUGUAAGGCUGUCUAAAUAAUAAUGUUUUCAAAUACCCAGUUCUAUAAGUGAUCAUUUUUCUGAAAAGUUUUCUGGCUUUCUGACCUACCCUUGUUAUCAGCAAAAUGACAAAUGAUGUUGGGAUAUUCAUGACUGAAUUUAACGCAACCUGGGAACUACAACACCAACUUUUUUUUUUUUUAUCAGUGCUAAACUUUGGCCAUUGUGGCCCUUACUUGAACAUAAAUAGUGAAGGCACCUUUGAGUAGUUUUGUGACUGUUUCAAACCUGUUAGGUUUUUCUGAAUUUUAUUCUUAGUUAGUUCAACAUUAUUUGCAGUACUUCCACUCUGAGCGUGCUCUGUUGCUUGUGUAAUAUUUGGGGGUGUGCUUGUGUGUGUGUGUGUGUGUGUAUACAUUAAUGUAUAUGCAUAAACAUGUAUAACAUAUAUUUAUAUACGUUGUAGCAUGUGUGCGCAUAUAGAUUUAUUUUAAAAUAAUGGUGGGUGCAGAGCCACUGUUUGUAACCAAAGCAGUCAUUUCGGCAAAUGAGGUUGCAAAAGCAUACCCGCCGCAACGUGAAUUUUAUUACACUGAGUGAAUGUUUUCUUAAUGUGGCUAUUUUAUAUAGAGUGUGUGUGUGUGUGUGCAUGUUUGAGGAUGUUGGCAUGUAAUGUUCUGCUUCAGCGAGAAAUCUAAAUCAAACGCCCUCCGCUCCUGCGAGGGGCUCUGCUCCAUCACUCUUGAGUAAUACAGCCACCGUAACUCAUAAAAAUAAAACCUAAUCAGUGCAUUACCCUUCAGACAUGUAUCAGUUCGGUCUGCCUGCCUCUCUUUCUGCUGAGAGAAUAUUUCAUUAAUAUUUUUUAGCUCAAAACUCUGCUCGUGCAGUAAAACAAAAUAACUAAUUUCACAGCAUCUGCUUUUAUUGUUUUCAGACAAAUGGACAUAUAUAUAUACCCUCGUAAGAAACAGGGUGCUAGGACUGGGUUUAUUGGCUACAUCAGAUACUAAAAGAGCAGAAUCCUUCCUUGAAAGGCACCGUUCGUAAACAAUGGAGCCAGUUGGUAUUGAGACUUUUUAAAUAAACAAAGCCAGCACAUUUGAACAACCAGAAGCUUAUUUUUAUCAUCGUUUCAGGUUUUUGGUGCAAAGGCACAACCAUCCAACUUUCUUGGCUUUGCUUCAGUGUUUGAAACAGUAUCAGUACCCGGUAGCUCCUGUUACCCAUUGUCUUGUGCAAAGCUACAAAAUACGUUCGUGCCAAGGAUUCUAGUUUACAGGUGCGAUGCCAGGACAGAGUGGUAAUUCUGGCUCGGUCCUUUUGAGACAUGCUUAGCAACCUGCUGCAGCUAUAUUGGAAUUAAACCUGCACACUUUCAGGCACCUUGCUGAGAAGCAGAGAUUCUCAUUUUCUCUACCACCCGGAUCAUUGUCAGAUGGAAAAACACUCCAUGGCUUUGCUCCAAAAUGCAAAGUUUCCAUAGAACCAAAUAGGCCAGUAAAAUUCUACCAGAGCACUAUACUUUACUGCUGCAGAUCCCAUCCUGCAGCCCAUACGCAGCCAAGUCUAAGGGAAAUUUCUCCUAAGUAAAAACAAGAUCAUUUCUUCACUAUGUAAAGUUCCAUGAUUGGUAAGACUCCGCUGCUGUGAUUCAUUGAAAUAAAUGUUCAGGUUUGUGGACUUGGGGAGAAGGACAUCUGGGGGGCAGGGACCAGGGAAUAAAAUAUUUCAACUUAAAAUAUGCUUUCCGAGAUGUUUAAAAGAGUUCGGUCAUUAUCCGAACUAAAGCCAUGGGGAGUUUUCCUGAAUAAGAUUAUUUAAUCAUGUUGCCUGUUGUUUUAUUUAUUUGUUUUACUUUUAUAUAGGUAAAAACUAUUGUGGUGACUUGAGUUUACUAAAAGUGAGAUUUUUCUUGCUGCAGUGAGAGAGCUUUGAACAUUCCUGAAAUGUUAAUCCUCAGUCGUCCCAAGUCAUAUUCAGAAAUGAAAUAUUUUUCCAUUUUCUUAUUGGCCGACAGCAAAGUGCAAGUGCAGUUCUUACCUCUGCAAUUUUGGAGUAACGAUGGACAUGUUUUCUUGGCUGGCCAGGGCACAAUCGUGUUUUGCUGUUGACUGAUUAGAACCGAACACUUCCAUACCAAAGUAAAAUUGACUUCUCAAUGGGAAAGUGCUUUGAGAAAUGACAAUACUCCCUUCCUAUUUUAGCUCAGAGUCACUUUUCAUGCUAAAAGCCAGAAGAGCAAUUUUGCAAAGCCACUAAAAGAGGGACAAUUAUGCUGCAGUUUGUAUUGAAAAUGCAAGGAAGGAUGCUUUGCAGUGACCAUUUCUCUCUUGUAACAGGCCUUCAUUUUAAAUAGGUAGUUAUAGUCUUGGCUGCACCUCCCUUUUUUUUUUUUUUUUCACUUGGAGCCUUAAUAGCUUUAAAUUCAACUUCCAGCUCUGCUGCCUUUUUCCUUUGGCUGACUCCUCGGCUCUGCUGCCUUUCAUGCUGCUAACGAGGCAGAUAAGAGUUAGAAGACGGGCUUCACUUCCAUCCCUGCUUUCUGAUUCUCUUCACUUCCCAACCCUCACGAUUCCUUUUUCUGUUAAUAGCUUGUUCUGUUUUAAAUGCAUGUCUAUGCAAGGACUUCCUGAAUUCCCAGUCAGGCCUAGAAAGAGGGUUGGCCAAGACAGCUAGUCAAUAAUCUUAAACAUAGUUAUUUUCUGUUUUAAGGAAAUCACUGAAAAGAACGCCAUUGCGCACGUCUUACCAUGUUCUUUGUAUUGUGUUCUCUGUAGUGUCAACAUGAGCGAAUUAUUAAAGCUACCUGGAAAUAACAGGCAAUAUUUGUGGUAGUUCUCAUGGGAAAACUGUAUUCACUAAAUGGCCCAAGUGUAUCGUGGAGCUUCCUACUUGGGAAUUUAGCAAAUGUCCAGAUGCUGCGAUUGGAUAUCAGAUUAUACUGAAGUAGUUUUAUCAUCUGGAGAAUAUUAACAGGUGUGAGGUUAUGGAGAACUAUACAACUAAGCAGGGAGUGAAUGCAGUCUUGCAUUUUAAAUACAUCAAUAAAAGGGAUUGAUCUACAUGUAAAAUAUUAAUUGCUGUGAGAAAGGGAAGAGUUCCUAGAUUUGUUAGGACUGACUAUCAUUGGAAGAUAAUGAGGACUUGGACAUCUUAUCCCAUGUGUAUAGACAUCCUGUUAAGCUGUGAGAGCAGCAGCAAUUUUUUCUCAUUGAUAAAUCUUCACUUUUCAUAUUGGGUCAUGUUUUUUAUUUGGAAGAAAAACAUGCAGUUGCUAGCUUUUGUAGUAGAGAUGUUUCUGGGUGCUAUUUGGUAUAUUUUUUUUAGGUGCAUUAGGCGCUGACUAUAAUUCAUGGUGAUGGUUUGUCAGGGCACCUGUUGGGUUGGUGUGAGUGUAGCUCUGGGAGUGUAGUUAACAUUUUUGAAUGAGAUGUUAUUGUUUUAAGCUGUAGAGCACCUCGGACUGUUUAGUGGAAUUUGUAGGCAUGCCCCCAUCAAUAGGGUUGAAUGCCAACCUUAUUUAAAAUAAAUGGGAACUUUCCCAUAGCCUUCACUGGGUCCAGAAUAUGGAACAGAGUCAAAAAAUUUGGCCAUCAUAAAGAGGACGACUCCUAAGAUCAUAAUACUUUCAUCGCUUCGAUCAACAGAGAGUCAGUGUUCAGGUUGAUUUCUAGACCACCAGGGAGCAUGUAAUAUCACAGGUGUCAAGGCAAGAUUUAUUAGUUUCUUUAUAGAAAGCCCAUGUAGUUGAUAAGGUGAUAGUUAAUCACAGACUUUCGCACAACGGUGCUGUCCCAGUGCACGAGACACGGGGGGGGGGGGGGGAAGUCUCAUUGUAUUAUUGUAGACAGCAAUAGAAUAUUUCUGUGCGUUUCAUCAAGGAGCACUGCUGCCAGCAGCUUAAAAUUUCUGUUUCAGUGCAGGUUGAGAAGGCCACAAUAAAGUCAGAAAAACAUGUCAGUCUGCUUUUACCAUUUACAGUUCCUGUUUCAAGGUAGAUAAAACAAUAAUAAAUGAAGGUGAAGGCUCUUCUUUGUCCUGAGUUUCAACAAGCAAAAGCAAAUAUUUGGGCAGGGAUUUGGGCUCCUGGUUUUUCACCCUGCAUCCUUGACGUAUUUGGAGCGAUGCGUUCUGAUAUGAACUUCUUCCAAAUACCAUCGGCGCACAGUGCGCUCGCGUGCUCUUUUGAAUAGAUCUGCAUAUAGGUUGUAAGCAAAGUGAACACCAUGCAAUCACGUCUACACCUAGCUGGCAUUUGGGGCAGCCUCCAUUUUUUUGAUGACCUCCCUCCCCCCGAGACAUCUCAUAAAGGGACUGGGUUUUCAGGAAACAAUUUUCACCCUCUUUGAAAAAUUUCAAGGCAAGCACCUAAAAAUCCUAGGUACUUGAGGAGAACUUGACUACUUUUUUCUUUUUAGCUAGGCCAAGAAAUAAUGUAUAUCACCUAUUCCUGUAUCGCUGGUUCCUCCUCUCCGCAUUACAGUUUAGGAAAUGCGAUUGCCUAGUUGGUGGGUGAAUUGUUACAGUCUCUGCUCUACGUUCAUCCUUGAACAAUUUGUUGAGGUGACAGUAGUUGGCCCAACAGCCAGGAGAGUGGGUAUACAUUGUUUGCUUUCCUUGUAUCCCUCAGUUGUCAAAUGCUCUUGAUAUAUUGCUAUCUCAGUAGGUUAAAAGAUUAUCAGAAGCCACUUUGUGGGCACAUCUACAUGUGCCCCCCACGGCGCAGUUGUUACUGCGCUGUCAUUUAGUACUUGUUUUAGCAUGUACUAAAUGGUGGUGCACAGUUUUUAUCAGCUGCCUCAUUACAGAGAGGUAGCUUGUCACUCGUUGUGGUUUGUGCCCACCAACGCUACAGCGACGUAGCGGUGAGCCGCACUGCCGUAGCUCGUCACUACAGCGACAUAGCGUCUCAUGUUAUCCAAUGUCAAUAAAAAUCUUUCCUAAUAUGUAGUGUGCAUGCCGACUUUCUCAAGGAUGAGAUCUGUAAUUGCAUUGCUCUCUUACCUGUAAUGCCCCUUGGGUUGGAAUUAAUAUUAGACCAGCUUGACACGUCUUCACUCUUCCUCAAAGUGUAGCAGACCAAGGUUGUAUGACUUAGCUUUUUCAAUUGACUCGUUCCUUUUUUACAACAUCUAGCACCCUUAUUUACUCCACAAGUGACUUCUUUACUAGUUGCAUCUCGAUGUGUCAAUAUAUUCAUUUUCUGGCUGCUGGAUAAAGAAAAUUGGAUCUCCGUAUAUAAGUUUCUUCUGUUCCUAUUCAAAACUUAUCCCAUUAGCUGCUCUGAGCCUUUUGGGUAGGGUGGGAUAGGACUAAAUAAAUAAACAGUUUGAGAUGGUCUUGUAAUCAUAGUUCUUCUGUGUUUGUUAUAAAAGCCAAAAUAAAUGGUUUUCCCUGGUUGGAUGGCAAUGGUCUGGUUAAAGGGCAACACUUGAAGCCAGGAUGUCUGGGUUCUAUUCUUGCUUGGCUGUGUGACCUCGGGAAAAUCACUUGUGCUCUCCAUGCCUCAGUUUCUCCAUCUGUAAAAUUGUCACCAAUGUUUCUGUACCAUGUUGAUGUUUUGUGACACUGUUUUUGCUGUCCAAAUGGCUUUGCGUUCCUUUGGAAAGGUGCUAGCUAUACAACAGCAAUGUUUCCUUCAUGUCAGUCAUCCAUUAAAUUUGAAUUAAGGGGCCCUUUUUGGCGACAUGCUCUUGUGUGUGUACGGAAGUGCUCUAUGCACACUUUUUACAGUGCUGUAAUUUAGAGCACUUUACAGGGCUAUAAAAAAUUACAACACUCUUAAACAUGAUGCGCACAGUGUUGGGGGCGGGGGGAGGUUCAAAGCCUCCCUGCAUUUUCCAGCCUAGUUUCUGCAGCCUCCAGGAGCUUCUCUACUGGUCAGAAAUUUGACCAGCAUGCAGAAGUUAUUCAGAGUGCUGUAGGUUGCUGAAAUGCUGCAAAAUACAGCACUUCAGGCUUUAAUACCUCUUUUAAUAAGGGUUCAUUUAAAGCGCUAUACCCAUGUUUAAAGUGCUGUAAAGCCAUGCACUUCUGUUAAGUCACAGCAAUAAAGCAACUUCUUCACACAUCCCUUCUUAUGAACCAAAUGAGCUCCCUUGUAAGUCAUCAGGUCUUCUAACCAUGUAUCAGGGUAUCUAUAGUAUACCUGCUCCGCUGGGAACAUAUAAGCAAAAGGUUUGUGUGCACGGGGAAAUGUGUGUGAAGGAGCUGGUGCACAGGAGACUUGCUUCCCUUGCUGCACCGUCACUGUAUGGGUGGACACUUGGCAGGUGCAGUAGGUAUGAAAUAGCUUGCUCCACUUUCAAAGCAGCAGCAGCUUCCACACAUUGCCACAAACCAAGACUGUUCACAUGGCAAGUAAGAGUAGAGUGGCUAGUGCACUGUACGCCAGCACUCCUGCUGACUGCACACUAACUUGCACAUGUAGACAAGCCUUAGAGAGAGACUGAGUGGAGGACAGGAACAUGACCUGGCUUUAAAGCCGCUGUCUUUUUAAACUAGAUGUCGACAGCACAGCUGUCUGUUGCAUUGCUACCCGCUUGCACAGGGGAUUUAGUGAACAAAGCUAAAUCACUUUCUAGAAUGCACCUUAUUUACUUGCCUGUCCUUUGAACUCGUUUUGAAAUCCCCAUUGGCCUGUCACACUGUCCCGAAUUGUCUAAUUGUCUGUGCAUUUAAUACUAUAACUUCACAUGCAGAUCAGAGAGGGGAAUGCAUGCAUCCCAAGGAAGAAAUCAAGGCAUCUGAAGUAUGUGAGAAGCUUUUUCAUAAACUGAUGAGUCACGUUGCAGGUGCUUGGAGAGCCAUUGGCAGGAAUCAUGGGAAGGGCUGUGCAGCGGCUGGAAUUUCCCUUGGGGAUUUGUGUUCGUAUUUCUCUCUGGGAACUUAGCAGAGUUUUGCAAACAGUUCUCUGCAGAUCCCACGUCCUGUAGCUGCCUGCCCUGCCCUAUAUGCUGGUUAGUUUUCAUGCCUCUCUUUUCAGAUGAAAAUUCCUGUCCGUUUAGGAUUUUCACUUGUCCAAAAAUCUUCUUCCCCUGCAGUGUCUAGUGUCUUCAGCUCUAUUCUAGAAAUGACCACGGUGGAAAUACUGGCUUUUAAUAAUGUGACACACGAUUUUCCUUCUAACAUUAUGGUGUGAAUAUAUAGGAAAAAAUAAGGUUUCUUUUGUGUAUCAGGAUGUGUCUUUGUAAAUGACGUUCAAAAUAGAAGACUGUUCAAUUUUACUGGAGUUUGUAUGCAUUUUACUUUUGUAAUUUUUUAAAAUGAUUUGAUAGAAUUUUAUUUUAGGACAGAUUCUACUUUUUGUAUGCAAUAUUUGGACGUGCUGUAUUUUUUAUUUUAAAAAUAAUGUUUUAAACCACUGUACAUGUGUAAAUCAACCACUUAAUAUCUUUUCAGACUGGAAUCUUACCUUGUGAAGGUGCGUGUUACUUUUAAUAAUAGUUGUUUCACAUUAAAAGGAUUACUCAUCAUCGUUGCCAGUACUUUUCAGUAAUGUAGGGAAUGUAAACUAAUAUUAGAUUUCUGGUGUAGUAUCAGUGUUGAAACAAAUUCAAAAGCAUUACUUUCAAAUGGGGAUGAGUUGGUUAAAGUAAUACCGAACACUGCGGACCGGAUCCAGAGCCUACUGUAGUCACUAGAAAGAAUUCAGUUGACUAUAGUGGACACUUAAUUGGGCCUUCUGUGAAGAAUAGACACCAUGAUUGUAUUUCAGUAGGCCCCAGAGAGCCCAUUAAGAGCAUGGCCCGAUUUUGAUAGACACUACACAUGAAAAAAGGGAUGUUCAUCAAGAGUUGUUUUAUUACACAAGGUUGAGGGAGUCGCUUAUAGCACACAUUUGUUCAAAACCUUGUACCCUAAACAGAGUUGUGUUGGGAAGAGGAAGGAGGUUGAGAGAGAUUACUGAUGAGAAAAAAAAAAUAGGACUUCAAAGAAGACAAGAGGGUGCUUUAAAUGAAGGGGUAUCAGUAAACCGUUUCUUUGAGGAAGCCUAAUACUGAACAGUAUGUCUGACUAGCAGAGCCAUUGGGUUCCUGACUCUCUGCCCACGGAAGUGGUUUUCACUGGGCAUAAUUUGCUCAUCCAGCAAUCGAAGUGAUGCUCGAGUAGACAAAGGGAGUUAGGCAAGGCACUGGCCCGGGACUUGGGAGAUGCAAGGUCAGUUCCUGGCCUUGUCCCAGCUGUAUACCUCCUUCCUCCUGUCUUGUCUACUUAGAUUGUAAGCUCUUCGUGGCAGGGGCUCUUUCCAACUGUGUAUGUGCAAAGUGGGGCCAUAGUGUCUGUGGAGGCCUCUAGGCUCUACUGUAAUACAAGUAAUAAAUGACCUUUUGGAAAUGA